UUAAUAUUAGCUGCAGGCUACCACACUACUCCACUAUUUAUUCAUUAAAAUUAUAUCAAAAAGGUCCAGUAGAAACGCCGUGACGUCCACUGAAUAAAUAACACACAUUUAUGUUAGCUGACCAACAGCUAACACAGCGCAGACGCGAGUGCACAUUCUUCGUCGCCUUAGUUUCUCGAGGCUUGCUAACGUCGUUAGCUGAAAUAUUUUGAGGAAAAAGUAGCCUGCAGAGAAUGGAGGGGUAAAUUCUACCUUCUAUUGGAUCGAUAAACAUGGUAAAACUCCGAUGGGAUUAAGUAUGAUCCACAAUAUAUCGACAAGCUAGCUGGCUAACUAUAAUUGUAUUACUACAGAUACGCUUGUUCGCUAACGUUACAGUGCAAAGCAAAUGCACAAUUUCGAGCUCACGUUAUGUCAUAUUCAAACUGACGCACGCUAUGUAUGAAACUCGACGCCCAACAGCCUACGUAAAUGUGCUGUCAAAUGCUACAGCUGCUUGUUGAAAUGCGACGACUGGACAUGCAUUAUGGAAGCUCCCCUGUCUUGAAGAUGUAAUUUCUCAUAAAUGAGAAAAACUGAAAGCUGGUGUCAACCGGACAGUGUGCGUUCUGCAGCGUAAAGGUUUAUUUAUAUUCACUAGUGUUGCAACACGCGCGCGCAUGGGUGACCCCCUGAAUCGACACUGGCCUGCUUGGACUCGGGCACGAUGUCAGAACAACGGUGUCGACCCAGGGAGAGAAAAACGGUAUGCUGAACUGUUCGAGCAACUGGAUCUGAACAAGGACGGAAGGAUAGACGUGUACGAGCUGCGAACAUGGAUGACAGCCCGGGGGCACUCCAAGAGCGCCGUAGAGGAGCAGAUUGUGCGGGAGGGCGACACCAACAAGGACGGCCAGCUGGACUUCGAGGAGUUCACCCGUUACCUGCGCGCACACGAGAAGGCGCUCCGUCUCAUGUUCCGAAGCCUGGACCGCAACAACGACGGUGAAAUUGACAUGGCAGAGAUCCAGCAGUCCCUGCAAAACCUGGGCGUGGAAGUCUCCAAGGCUCAGGCUGCAAGGAUUAUGAAGAGCAUAGACAAGGACGGCACCAUGACCAUCGACUGGAACGAGUGGCGCGAUCACUUCCUCUUCAACCCCAUCCACAACAUGGAGGACAUCGCCCGCUACUGGAAGCACUCGUUUAUGCUGGACAUCGGUGAGAACCUGGUGGUGCCGGAUGACUUCACGGAGGAGGAGAAGCAGUCGGGCGCGGUGUGGCGGCACCUGAUGGCGGGGGCGAUGGCGGGCUCGGUGUCGCGCACGGGCACCGCCCCGCUGGACCGGGUCAAGGUGUUCCUGCAGUGCAGUGUGGACGUGCCGCAGGUGUACGGCGCGGGCGCGGGCGCGGGGGGCAGGAUGCGGCUCUGGAGCGGCCUGCGCGGGAUGGUGGGCGAGGGCGGCGCCGCCGCGCUCUGGAGGGGCAACGGCAUCAACGUGCUGAAGAUCGCCCCGGAGACCGCCAUCAAGUUCAUGGCCUACGAGCAGAUUAAGAAGAUGAUCAGAGGCAGUAAGGAGGGUGCGUCCCUGCGGCUGCAGGAGAGGUUUCUCGCGGGGUCCCUGGCCGGAGCCACUGCUCAGACCGCCAUCUACCCCCUGGAGGUGCUGAAGACUCGCUUGACCCUGCGCAAGACGGGACAGUAUUCGGGCCUGACAGACUGCGCCUGGCAGAUCCUCCAGAAGGAGGGGGUGGGGGCGUUCUACAAGGGCUACCUGCCCAACGUUCUGGGCAUCAUUCCAUACGCGGGCAUCGACCUGGCGGUCUACGAGACGCUGAAGAACGCCUGGCUGCUACAGUACGGCGAAAGUUCGCCCGACCCCGGCGUUCUGGUGCUGGUGGGUUGUGGCACGUUAUCCAGCACCUGUGGCCAGGUGGCCAGCUACCCGCUGGCUCUGAUCCGAACCCGCAUGCAGGCGCAGGCCUCCUUGGUUGGAAGCCCGCAGUUGUCCAUGCUGGGCCAGCUAAAGUUCAUCGUGUCCCAGGAGGGGGUACAGGGACUGUACCGGGGGAUCGUCCCAAACUUCCUGAAGGUUGUCCCGGCGGUCAGCCUGUCCUACGUGGUGUACGAGAACAUGAGGAGGGCCCUGGGAGCCUCCUGAUGGGAAGUGGGGAACUGGCGCCAUCUAGAGGACGCUCUGUGGAACAGCGAGGAGGAGGGCGGGGGGGCGGACCUCGCUGGGAAAUGGUGGAUGAGGAGGCUGAGAGGGGCAGAAGGAAGGAGUUAUGGAGAGCUACAGAGAGACGGCAAGCUGGAGGGCCAACUAUAAAAGUAAAAAGACAGUAUUUUUUAUUGCAAAUGUGUUGGGGCGAACAACGAGCUGUGGAGAUGAACAACGCACACUGGAGAACUCCCAGGUCAAGACAAAGUGUGGGAAAUGGUGCAAGAGGUCGUGUUUCAUGACCAUGUUUUAUCGAUCCAUUUUACUGGAUUUGUGUUUAUGCAAAUAUUUAUUUUUCCAGGUUUUAGUCCGACAGUGGUAUUUCAACUUUUAGAUUUUUUUGACCAUUUUAGGUAGCGUUACCAGCCACGGUCUGCCGAAAUGCCUCGAUAAAUUAAAAGCCCAUUCUAUUUGUGCUUGAGAACCAGGAAGAGAAACAGGCAAAAGGUGCUCUCAAAACUUUGCAUGAAUGAAGACGUCUGUGUCAUGACCUGCUGAUAAUACCAUCACAUAUUGAUUCACAUACAGUUUGUAUAUAUAGAAGUAUGUAAUGAUUUUAUGAAAGAUAAAAAGCUGAAUGAUAAUACCUGCUUGGCCUUCUGGGCCGUACUAGAUCAGAUGAAGCUUUUUAUUUCUGUGUGCACGGAAAGGUGGGAACUCUUUAAGCCAAGACAGAAACAGUACGUGGUUACAAAUGUCACAAAGCCAUUCAGCUCUGGUGGAGUGAUGGUGCUUAAUCGCAGGCUAGGGUAAGAUUACUAAAUACGUGACUGUGACUUCAGGAAUGCAACUGCAAGGAUGUGGCCAAAAAAAGAAAGUUACAGCAUUUGUAAUGUGAAGCAACGACAGCUGUGCGUCUGGUUUUUCUCGCAAGUGAAAAUGUAUUUUUAACCAGGUGCGGAGAAGCAGGCUUUCGCUUCGAAAGGCACCUUGUCGAAUUGAAUCGAGCAACAUCGAAUUGAAUCUGUCUGCGCACUGCUGCAAGUCUGAAGGCCAGGCGGCCACUUCAAGCCCAUCCCAGGAGUGACUGGGGGGUCACUGCCCCGGUAUGAAAACAUUAUUUCGAAAGUUAAUUUGUCAGGUGUGCGAAGUCUUCCUGGCUUUGCUUUGCAUCUGAAGGCAGCAGCUUACCCAUCACAGUUCUCAGCCGUGUGGCUGGCGUUGAACGAGCUGGUCUUUGGGAAAAAUUGUUUAUCUGCAAUCACAAAGGGUUGUUGUACCUGCACUGCAACAAAAAAAAAAAAGAGUCACUUUUGAAGUAAAUCUCAUUUCAAGAUUUGCUCGUGGAAUAAGUUUCAAAUUUCACUCGUCAAGCCAUCAUGAACCAAAAACAAGCUAAUAUUUCUACUUGAGAGAAAUACAAAUAAAAUAUUGUGGCAGUUUCACAGACUCUUGAUUCUCCAUACAAAACUCAAGUUUUUAGUCCAGGACUAAGAUUAAUCUGUGUCUGUGAAUCCUGCCCCUUAAAUUUUAUUACAAGACUGAGAUUCUAAAGACAGUCAAGUGAAGUGUGGCAUUUAUCUACCGGAGAGACCGGUUACAAGCACAUCUGCCGAACGGAAGCAUCCCCACCUCUGCAAUAAAAACCAACGUAGUAUGCCAUUUUAUAUGAACGCAUUAAUGCACUAAUGCAGUCUGAUGCAAGAGCUAAACUUCAUUGACCAGACCUCCUUGUCUAAGCUGAGAGGCUUCACUGCUGUCAGGGGCACAAUCAACUUUUUAACUGAAAUCAACUGCCGUUUUUUCAAUACUUGUACAUGCGGGCGUCUGUACCGACUGAACAUAUAUUGCCGUGACUGUUAUGUUUGUAAUGUGUCCUCACGGUUGUAUAAAAAAUACAUAUAUUGCUUGGUUUUAUAGUCGAGGAUGGCUGAACGCAUGGUGUUAAGAGAUGUGCCUCCAAAGCAUUUGUUACGUAAGAGAAUGAUAGUUGUCAAAAAUAGGUAUUGCUGUUUCAAUUACUGCCCCUUGUUGUACGUAGUCUGUCCUGAUUGACAUGUACAUCUCUACUAUGUAUCAUAUAUUUUAUAUUAUAUAUUGAUCAGUAGUAUGUCAGUUGUCAGCACUUCCAUCGGGUAUUGCCUUGGCACAGAAGCAACACCGCCAUCGGCCGUAUUGCGAUACUUAACAAAAUAAUUAACUUUGGCUCAACAAAAAGGAAAUGACAUCGUCGAGGGUAUGAUAUUGUUGGUCAUAAUGGGCUGUUCUGCAAUAAGACAGGAGGAGGAGAGAGGAUGUCUAUCUCAGGGGCCAUUUCAAUGGAUAUAUGGAUUUAUUUAGCAAUGUGGCUGUAAUUAUCCUUACAGGAAGCCGGUACGGGUAUAACGCAGUACCACAUCCCAGAGGUUGUUGGCACGGCGGGGAUACAGGACAGCCCUGGUCCUGGUGAGCCACAGGGUAUGCUGGUUUUUGUUGUUACUCAGCACUUAAUUUACCAAUGAAUGCAGUCGUUUACAGAGUUAACACGUUGUUUCCUGGGUCUGAAUCGGUUGCUGGUUUUAAGGUGAAAACGAAAACGAGCACACCCUGCAGCUCUCCGGGACCAGGAUUGCCGAGCCCUGCACUAUAGCAUUUUCUUCUUCUUUUUUUUUUACAAUCGUAGGCUGACAUUGUCUAACUGUUAUGUUUGUAUUAUUGCAUCUGAAUAAUACAAACUGUUUAGGGUUAUUUUGUCAUCAUUAUGUGGUAUAAAAACAAGGUUUUGUGCAACUUAUAAGCUAUGUUGAGUUAUAGUCAUGUAUGUCAUCAAACUCAUGAAUGUACCUUAGUUAUUUAGCUUUCUUUAAGAGAGCCAUAAUUCUAAUGCCAUUUUCAGCUGCUGUAUUGUCAUCGGGAAUUUCCCUUAAAAAGUUAUACGUUAUUGUUUGUUGCACUGGAAUGCUGAAUUAUAUUUUUGGGGCUUGCUUGCAAAGUUCUGUUAAUGAAAAAAUAAAUGUAUUUAUUUUACAAUA